CCGCGCCGCCGCCUCACGGCGGGACGGAAAGUCCCCGGCUCCGCCGAUGGCGUCACCUGGAGGAGGGCGGGUUGUCCCGCGGGGGAGGCGUGCGGCCUGCUGCGGGGCGCCGCCGGCCCCGCCGUGAUGUCAUGUCAGCGCGUUUCCAUCUUCCGGCGGUGCCGGCGCGUCGUCUUUAAUAAAACCCCGUCUUAGGCGUCUGUAACAUCGUUACGGGUCAAAACUGCUCCAUCCCCUCCUGCUUGCGGCUUCCCGUGCCGUUAGCAGGCACCUGAGGGAGAAAAACUCAAGUGUGUCAUGUUACUUGCUUGGUCGAGGAGACUGCAAUAAACCUGUGGAAUUGGGCUGUGACCAAACACACAGCUUCUGUCAUCAGUGAUGAGCAAAGAGCUAAAUGUAUGUAUGUGUUCUGUAUCUUCCUAAACGUUUUCAUUUGCUGUAGCGUGAAAAGGAAAAACUCUGCUGACAGAUGCAUAUAUAAUGCUGUAGAUUUGUUUGGAUCUUUGCAGAUAAGAUGUAGACAGAGAAAAUUGUACGGAUGGGCUUAUAUAAACAGCUCAGGAAGGAUCAUCCUGGUGUAAUAAUGAUCUCAUGACACAGAAUCAGUGUAGGAAUUCUUAUCACUCCCCAUUUUUGUGCCAAAGCAUCAAUAAAAACAUGCUGUGACCAAAGGAAGCUGUAAUUUGCCUUCCAAUGCUAUUUUUAAUCUGAAAUUUUAUGGAAAUGACAUUGAUGUAAAUUUUAGACUGUAAGUCACUUAAUUGAUGUAAAGUAAGACAGUUACUGUAAAGAAACAAUCUCAUCAAUGAUUACAUACAGAAAAACUUUAAAUCCUUUUUUUCCUACCCUGCUUUAGCCCAGCACACGGCUGAUGGCUUUGCCUAGAACCAGGAGAAUGCUUGGGGGAAAGCGGAAGGGAGCUUUUGAUCUUUUUCCUCAUCCUGUUCUUUAUGUAGAUCUGCAGGAUUAUAAUAUCUGGCCUACAUUUUUGUCUUGAGGGAUUGUUGUUGAAAUUAUGUAUAAUUUGCACGGAAAAAAUGAUGUUAGGUAAAGGGAAAAGGGUAAGUUUACACAAAAUAAGUAAUAAUUGUUGUAGAGCGUAAUGUUCUCAGAUUUUAUAUCACAGCUGAAGGGCCAGGGAGAGGCUAUUUUGAAUACAUUAAAUGGUGCCUUUUCUAUCGCUGAUGUAUAAUGAAGGCCUGAAAAUAUUUUUGCUUUUUACUUUGAAAAUGUAAAAUUAUUAAUCUUGAUUUCCCUAUUUUGCUGCAGGGUAUUUUGAGGCUCUCAAGAUGUGUUACUGUCAGCACCUGCAAUUGAGAUUUGUUGCUUGUAGGCUGGUGUGCCUAUGUGAAGGCAGUGAUCCUCCAGAAGGAACUAUUCGAAGACAAAUUUUGAUGUCUGUGAAAACUGGGAAAGGAUGGAUAGAUAUAGGGAAAGCUGAAGUUGCAGAUGGAUUUCUAGAGAUUGCCAUGAGGAGUAUAGAAAAACUGUAUGCAAAGUUGCUUAAGAGGAGUAAUGAUGAGGCAGAUAUUCAUGUGCACAAAGCUGAUGUGGAGAAGGACCUCUUCAAAGUACUCUCUUAUCAGGCUGAAUCAGCAGUUGCUCAAGGGGAUUUUCAAAAAGCAGUGAUGUGUGUGCAGCGCUGUGAAGAUAUGUUGAUGAGGUUGCCAAAAGAGACCUGUUACCUAUCAAUCCUCUGUUAUAACUUUGGAGUGGAAACCUAUGAAUGGAAGAAGUAUGAACAGAGCUCCUUUUGGCUCAGCCAGAGUUAUGAAAUUGGGAAGAUGGAUAUGAAAUAUUCUACUGGGAAAGAAAUGCAGGCUAAAGUGCUGCGAUUAUUAGCUACUGCCUAUUUGGAGUGGGAUUGCAAUCUGUAUCUUGACAAGGCACUGAAAGCUAUAAACUUGGCAAAUGAGGAGAGUUUGCAUCCAGCAGGGUUUUUUUUGAAAGUUAAAAUUCUUCUUAAAAGUGGAGCAUCAGAUGAAGACAUCAAUGCAGCUGUUGCAGAAUUCCUGCACUGUGAGGUGUCUUUAGACUUUUGCUUGAAUGCUGCCAAACUGCUGCUGGAACAUGGAAGGGAAUCAGUGGGUUUUGAUUUUCUAAAAUCUGUUGCUGCACAAUUUGAAUCUUCACCUGACCUUGGAAAAAUCACCCUGCUCCACAUUGAGUUCCUGUUGCAGAAUAAGAGGGAGCUGCUUGCCAAGCAAAAGGUUGAAGAAAUUAUUAUAGGUCAUUAUACUGGGAAACAGCUGUUGCCUGAAACCUUGAACCAACUGCACAUCAUUUUGUGGGACAGAGCUGCCAAAAAAUAUGAGGCAAAAAGCUAUUCUGAAGCUCUUCAGUGGUACAACUACUCUGUCAGCUUCUACACACCUGGGCAGAUAGAUCAGAACUUGGCUAAACUGCAGAGGAACAUAGCUUCUUGCUAUCUUCAUCUGAAACAGCUUGAUAAGGCUAAAGAGGCAGUAAAAGAAGCAGAGAGGUGUGAUCCGAACAGCGUUUUUACUCAGUUUAGUGUCUAUAAGAUUGCAGUGCUGGAGAAUAAUACUGACAAAGCCGUGGAAGCAGUUACUGCAAUGGGGAAGCUAGCAGAAAAGCAAUCUCAACAUGAAGACAAGGUCUUAGUGGAUGGAAUUACAGGCACCGACCUCCUGAGUUUAGCUGCCCAAAUUGCUUUAGAGAAUGAACAGCAAGUUGUGGCUAUCAAAGCUCUGGAGUAUUUAUCUGAACAUUCACAAGAUUGCCAGCAAGUAUUUGCAGCUUUAAAGUGUUUGGUUCGUCUUACGUUGUCAAAAGUCAUGGCAGAAAAUGAAGAGAGAAGAGAUAAAGAUAUUGACUCAAUGCUGACUUACUUGACCUUGGCUCACAAGAGACUUGCUGAGCCUUUCACAGAAGAGAAUUCGACAGGAGACAGAAAGAUCCUUGAAGCUCACUGGUUUAGAAAAGUUGCUUGGAACUUGGCUGUACAGUUCCAGAAUUGCCCUGAAAAGAUGAGGGACUUCUUUGUGCUGUCUUUCAAGUUGUCCCAGUUUUGUCCUUCUGACAAAGCUGUCCUGAUUGCUCAGAAGACAUGCCUGUUAAUGGCAGCUGCAAUUGAUCUGGAGAUGGGGAGACAACAAGUAACACCUUCUGAGCAGGCAGACCUUCUGACUCAGGCCCUUCAACAUCUCCAGGCAUGCAAGGAGAUCUGUAAAGUUCUGAAAUUAACAGGAGAUUUUGCUAAAGAUCCAACAGACACAUUGUUGCUUCUUUAUGAAUUUGAAGCAAGAGCCAAACUGAAUGAUCCAACACUCAGCAACCUUAUGGAGUCAGUAUGGGAACAGCCACAAACAGAGAUCAAGACACUGGAAAUCAUUGCAUCGUUAGCCAUGGAAUCUCCAGCCCGGUAUCCCUCACUUUGUAAGAAGGCUCUCAAGAGUGCGCUGAACCUUCACAGAAAGCAGACUGCUGUUGACGCUGUGAGAUUUAGCAAAUGCUUACAUAGUUUGAUUAAUCUCUCUCUGCCGUCCGGAGUAACAGACCUGGAUGCCUGUGUACUGCAAGAGGUGUGGGGCUACUUUGAAGAUGCUCUGAGCAUAGUCAGCAGUACAGAUGGUUACCCAGAGAUGGAGAUCCUUUGGUUGAUGACAAGAGCCUGGAAUACAGGAAUAUUUCAGUAUAGCAUUGGUAAAUACAAGGAAGCUGAACAGUGGUGUGGACUGGGAAUGCGUUUCCUCAAUCACUUAGGAUCUCUGAAGAAAAGCUAUGAAGGCCAUAUGGUUGGUCUUUAUAGUGAGGUGCUGGAUAAGUUGGACAGAGCAAAGGGGCUUCUUCCACGUGAAGAAUAGUGACAGCCACAACUGCAAAAAAGGAGGACAGUGCGGUCCCUCUUGGAAACGUUCUGCUGAAUGAAAGUCUGUUAGCUCUGCAGGGGCAUGGGGUCACAGGAGUGUUGGAAAAGAAACCAGGACCUUGCUGGCAAUUUAAAAGUUUUGUACUUUUCAGGAAGUAUUUAUUGAAGAAAUGUAAUUGUUUUCCUCUAGGGAAUCAUUUUUAUUCUAUAACAGUUGGAAAUAAAUACAUAGUGUUCUCCUGAGAUGGGCCUGCUGCUGUAUAAAUGGUUAGUUUAAAUGUCUGAUUUUAGUGGUAGUGGCAUUGUGAACAAUAAAAGUAUUUCAGGACCAUGCAUCUCCUCUGGAUGCCAUGGCUGUCUUGCUACAAAAGUAUUUAUCAGAUGAUUGUUUACUUUUCAGUCCAUUUCAAUAUGUGCAAGAAUUCAGAGAUGUUUGCCAGGAUCACAACUUAGAAUAAAAAAAGAGCUGGUGCUCUCCAGCUAACAGAAAAAAGCUAAAGCUUUGACUAGGCACUGCUGCUUAUAGACCACUAAAUGUAACACACCAGCCAUAAUUCACCAUGAAUUAUGGCCAGGAUGGUGGCCAUAGAAAGGAAGAAAUUGCAUUAGUUCUACUUCUUUCUGAAAGACUAAUGUGCUCUGGAAUAAAAGCUUCUACUUGUGAUGUGCUUAGUGGAGUGGUCUGGGCCUGUCCCAGCAAGAAGUAAUUAAAAAAUUCAGCAGCACUGCGUUCUUUUAGCAAAGCUACAGGGCUGUCGCCUUUUGUCAGUUGAGUAAACCACGUACUAGCGAUUUCUGCUUUCGUGUGCACCAGGCACCACGUUGAGUCCCGCUGCUGAAACGGGAAACCAGCCCUUAUCCUAUCUGGCACAUCCUCAUGUCUGUUAUGCGGCUGGAUACUGGCUCAUUUCCUAAAGGCAGAUACAUGCAGAUGCAUAAGUCACUGUGGCUUUUACAGCAACGUAAGUAGGAACAUAUUGUAUAAGGUAUUUUUUAGUACUGCACAGGUCAGCAUCAGCUUCUGAGCAAUAGUGCAGGAAUGAGACUUCCUCCAGGAGCGAAUUUCAUUGAAGACAGCAGCCAGGGAAGUUAUCAGGGAGUUUAUAGGAUAUGGUGCUUCUGAUAACAAGAUACUGGGCACUGUGCCCGAGGCUGGUGCUGCCUGAGCUGUUAUGAUGGGGUGCUCCUCCCCCCCCCCCCAACAAAUGUGCUCUUCUUAAACCCUAUCUCGUUGCAAAACAGGAUGAGAUCAAAAGAGACACAGAAUAUAAUGAAAGACGAGGUAAUAACUCUCACAGGCAACUCCCUACAUGGGCAGAAUUAAUGCAUGGCAUUGUUAACUACAGCCGUGAAAUGGUCUGGGACGAUGCACCGGCUGAAAAACCAAACCGGAAGCCCCAGGGAGGAGACCAUAAGGUGAGACCCAGGAAGCAGGGAACAGAAACUAAAUCAAAGGGAAAUAAAUCUAAAAACCUGCAAACAGAAUCUCGAGACCGGAGAAAUGAAUGAUGGAGGAGAGCGUUAGCCCUAGGCAUUCCCAGAGCCGCGAUUCAAGGUCAGCCUACCGGCAUUACCUUGAGUCUGAUUGAAGCAUGCCAGAAAUGAGGUAACGGUGAAGGCAGGGAGUGUAUUCUGACUCCUCCGGUGCCAGUUCCCAGAGAGGGAGACAACCCCUUCCUCCCCUGUAGGGAGGAAUUGCAGGGCAUGAAGCAAAAAAAUGACUAAUGCCCGGAAGGCCAUUGGGUCUGCCUGUCCGGCAAGUGGAGGCUUACCAGUGGGUUAGCGAUGAUGGCCCAUAUAGUUUGAUUCCAGUUGGACCUCAAGGAGAAUUGGUGAAGUUGUUAGUAGCUACGGGAGCACAAAUGUCAAUAUGAACACAACAAGAUGCCGAGAAGCUGGGUGUACGAUCCGGACGGCAAAGAGUUAAGAUUACCGGUGUGAACGGAGCAAGUGGUUGUGCCAAACUGCCAAGGUGAAUUUAUGGCUCCCGGGCAAGAAGCGCAUGUCAACUACUGGCUUUACAAUUAAAGAUCAUUAUGAAAAUA